AUUCUAUCAAAGAAGCACUCAAGUAAGACUGUCGAGAAGCUCCUUUGACUAAAAUGCAUCCCUCUGUCAUCCUUCUGGUCCUUGCCUUCACAACAUGGCUCUCUGAACAUUUGGGAACUGCAACCGUGGUCGAAGACUUCAACCAUGUUGAGAGAUGCAAGGACUCGCUGUAUAUGGGCACUCCACCACGAGGCUUCAGAGAUAGCAGACUCAAGAAGAUCUGCCAGCGCUAUGCUGACAAACCCAGAUAUGUGACCCUGUACGACUCCAAAAACCGUAUCCCGGUUUACUCAGCAUACACCUUCAAGAAAACAGAGGGCGAUCGGCGUGUGGACUAUCCCUGGAUGUAUGAACCUCAGCUUGCAGAGCUCGAUGGGAAUGGGAACAUGCUGCCGUUCCCCACCGGAUACUUACACAUGAAGUUUGAGGACAGCCAGGCAAUUUUGGAUGACUAUUCCGAUGUGGUUUUAUAUGAGAGAGGCCAUCUGAAUCCAGACCAGCACCAGUCAGACCCCCAGGACCGAGCAGCUACCUAUACGCUCACCAACGUCGUGCCAGAAAUACGUGAGUUCAACAUUGGACCAUGGCGGGAACACGAAGAGCGCAUCCGUCUGCGCCUCAACAAUUUCUGCCGGGGAACAGCCUAUGUUGUAACUGGGGUAACCACUACUGGAAACAUGAUCCGACGCAACAACCAGGACCGUGUUGGCAUCCCUGAAGAAGUGUGGUCUGCCUACUGCUGCACUGACUACGACAGAAACGCACCACACAAUGAGCGCAUCCGCUUUCCGACCCAAGCUGCCCUUGCUAAGAAUGCAAAGGAUGGAAACAGAGUCCAAGAGCUCACAGUGCAGGAUCUGGAGAUCUACCUGACAAACAAAAUGUCUGUGGACAAGAACUUCCAGCUGUUCUAUGAUAACUGCAACUCACCUUCACCUCUUCCUUCCUACCUUCAUUAUACCAAAUGAUCUGACUUACCUUCAGCUUAUAGCUUUGGUUGUGGUUUCUUUUUUCUUGCUUUCUUCUUUCCUGCAGAUUCUCUGUAAAUUACUGUACAAUUAUUUAGAAAUUGUGUGGAGUUAACAUAAAUAUAGUGGUUUGCAAUGUUAUACACUACUGUUUAAAUAUUUGGGAUAGGUAAGUAUAUUUUAUUUUAUUUAUUUUUAUUAAUAGAACUUUGUUCCUAAAAAUGACAUUUAAAAUAAAUGCUGUUCUUUUGUAUUUUGUAAACUUGUAAACUUUUGUGAAAAAAAAAGACCAUCGGCAACAAGCAGCAACUGUUUUCAUCAUUGAUAAUAAUAAAACAUGAUUCCUGAGCAGCAAAUCAGCAUAUCAUAAAGAUUUCUGAAGGAUCAUGUGACACUGAAUGCCUGCUGAAAAUUCAGCUUUACCAUCACAGGAAUAAAUUACAUUUUAAAAUACACUAAAAUAGGAAAUAGUUAUUUACAGCUAUUUAAUUUUUGAUUAAAUACAUGCAGCUUUCUUGAGCAUAAGUUAAAAUAAAUAAAAUUAAAUAAUAAAUCUUACUGGCCCCAAACUUUGAAUGGUAAUGUACAGAAUAUAGACUUAUAUAAAGCUAUUUAAUUCAAUAGCCAUAUAUUGAAGAUAAUAAAGGGAAAUUUGUCACUUCAAGGUGUAAAUCAAUGGUUGUAUAAACUAUUUCCUGUCAGCUCUCUGCCUACAACACUUUUAUUGCUUUUAUCUUAAAAUUAAUCAUCUUAUAUAUGCAUAGUGUAUGACAAACUGCCUCAGUUCACAUACAUGUUAAGUUACUCAUUGACACCACCUUAGGUUUUAGGUUGUGUUUUUUAAAGUGUAAAAGGCUGAUUUUGUGUGGUAUAAAAUGGUAUGUGAAAAAUAAAAACAAAAACA